ACAGCCGCUAGCGUUGCGACGUUGCCGCUCCCCCGGACACCGGUCUCGGCGCUCUCACCGCGUGCCGCGCAGUUUCGCUAGAGCGACUCCGAUAUCACAACGUCAAUCGCGACACAAAAUGGAUUCCAACUCGAAUUCGUGCGAUUUGUACAUGCCAAAGAUUGAAAAUGAUUCGGAAAACGAAAAAGACUGUAAUAAAAGGGAGCUACGGUUGAACUGGAACUCUGAGAACACCAUGAAACUAAUACAGACAUUGGAGAAAGAUUGCCGAGAGCUGUGGGAUUCGAAGCAUCCGUUGAACAGAGAACGCGCGGCGAGACAGGCGAAGCUCGAGUACCUGGCUGAUAUGUUCGGGACGACCUCGGAGGAGAUAAGCCGGAAAAUACACAAUUUGAGGUCGCAGUUUAACAAUGAGCUGAGAAAAAUAAAGCGGCGGCUGUCUACGCCGGUGGGGGAGAGCGGAGGCGGCGCGCGGGGGUGGGAGUACUUCGACGCGCUCUCGUUUCUGCGCCUGCCGUCGGGCGACCCUCUCGAUAUCAUGGAUGCAGUUAAUCUCGAGCUGGCAGAGUUCCAAGCGAACGAGGAGGAAGAAUUCGGUGCCGUCGCGCGAGCUAAGAACUCUAUACCGAGUGGCAGCCCUACGAACCGCAGGACGAAGAUACGGGUGGCGGCGUCGGCCCCCCCGCCGCUGCCGCCGAGUGCGCACCCGUUGAUGUGGCCCGAGGAGCCCGUGCCGAGACUCCGGCCGAGCCUUGACGCUGAUGAAUGUCAGAUAUUCGGUGAUUUCGUGGCGUCUGAGCUUCGGACGCUCCGUUCAAACGAGUCCAGGAAGAAACUGAAGCGUAUGAUCCAGAAGGCGAUCCUCCAAGUGGGCGAGGAAGAGGACGUGAACAUCAUAAGCGGAUAGCGGCACCACCGCCUCUCCUCUGACUCUCUCGAGUUUACGGAUUGAGGCGGCUGUGCGAGUGAGAUGCAAGAUGCUUUCACAAUCGGAUUAGACAUGAUAGUGCCUAAUUUGAGGAUUAAUUUAUUGGGAUUGAUUGCUUAGUUAGUUACUGUUACUUUGACUAUUUGUGUAAUAUCAUAUAUUUGAGUUUGUUAGUAUAAAUAUUGUACUACAAAAAGAUUGCAAAUUAGUUCACAAAAUAAGUGGAAAGUUAUUAAAUGUGAUAAGAAAAGUAGGAGUAGUAGAGAAAUACAUAAACAUAUAAUAGUAUGUAGUAUAUAGUUUUUAGACGUAAUCAUACUAAUCACUGAAGUUGUAAGCCUAUAUCUAGAUUCUAGAAUAGAUACUAUGUUAUCCAAUUACAACAUAACAAUCUAUAGUCGUUUAAUUAAUAACUCGUAUUGUAUUUCGUGAGAAAUAAAUUCAAUUUAUACAAAC